AUGUCGUGUCCGACACCCUCUCUCCCCGCCGUCAUCAUGUGGAAUAGGGAUGGCGCAUCGCUGGAUUCGGAGAGCUUCACCCCACGCCGUCUGGCUCGUACGCCCUCCUCUCCUCGCCUUGUUUGUAAGCGUCACCUUUCCCUCAUCCCCUCCCAUCUCCAUCCGAGCCCACCUCUUCCCCUCGCCCCUCCCUUCCCCACACCUCCAAUCCCUCCUCUCUCCUUCUCUCUCCGUUCCGCCGCAACCACUCAUAGCCUACCAUCCCCUACGCCCCGUAUUCUCCUCUCAGCCGCUCCACGCAAGCCACCCCUCCGCCUCUCCAUCAUGCCGCUGCUACAGUCACCGUUUGUGGGGCUGGAGUGCACAUAA